AUGAAUCAACAGAAGAAUUUGAAAAAGGUUCAUUUGCCUUUCGUGGUACCAAUCAAAAGUAAUAAAGUGGGUGCAUCAGAACUAAAGCCAAUUAAACAUCCUGCUACAUUCCAGAAAUCUUUACGAGCGACAUUACUGGUAGGACAAGUUUUUUCACUGUUACCAGUAGAGGGCGUAAGCAGCAAAUCAGCGUCCAAACUUGUAUUCGUGUGGUGCUCGUGGAAAUGUAUUUAUUUACUUUUAUCGCUUGUGGGACAGAUUUUUAUCACAGCAAUGUGUUUAUGCAGAGUUUUACACAAUACGUCCUCUUUAAAUAUUACAACUCCGGUUAUAUUCUAUGGUACAACGUGUGUAACAACACUGAUGUUUCUAAGAGUAGCAAUGUUAUGGCCAGCUUUAGUCCGCCACAUUGCGGGUGUUGAGGACCAGGAGCCAUAUUACGAUAAAAAUCUUACAUACAAAUGUAAUGCUACGUGCGCUGUUGUGUUGAGUUUAGCUUUGAUGGAACACAUUUUAUCAUUGCUGUCAGCUUUCGCUGGGGCGAUGGUAUGUUAUGGAGAAAAUUUGAGUCACCAAAAUUUUGUGAAGCAUUUUUAUCCGUGGGUUUUCAACUACUUACCCUACUCAUUUUUACUGGGUGUCUUAACCCAGUUUCUCCAUGUCCAAUCGACAUUCAUUUGGAACUUCUCGGAUUUGUUCAUUAUUUGUAUGAGUUAUUAUUUAACGUCACGAUUGGAGCAUGUUAACAAGCAACUGCUUGUGGCUCAAGGGAAGUAUCUACCAGAGAUAUUCUGGCGAACAAUUCGCGAAGAAUAUUGUCGUGCAGCUCAGCUUGUAAGAAAGGUGGAUGACGUCAUAAGUGGAAUAAUCUUUAUAUCAUUCGCUAAUAACCUCUUCUUCAUCUGUCUUCAGCUGUUCAACACAUUGGAAGAUGGAAUUAAAGGAAAUGGAGAAUGCAGUAGUAAGGGAAAUCCCAGUGGUCUUCUUGGCGGUUACGAAGCAGCCUCAUACUUCCUAUUCUCCCUCGUUUAUCUCAUCACUCGGUCCAUGGCAGUAUCACUCAUCGCAUCACAAGUUAAUACAGCAUCAAAUGUACCAGCAACUGUCCUGUACGAUGUUCCUUCACCAGUUUAUUGUGUAGAGGUUCAGAGAUUCUUGGAUCAAGUUAAUGGAGACAAUGUCGCUUUAAGUGGAUUACAAUUUUUUAGCGUCACACGUGGACUCUUGCUUACAGUUGCCGGUACAAUAGUGACGUAUGAACUAGUGAUGUUCCAGUUCAGCACGCAGCCUCAAGCUUCUGAUGCUACUUCUACUGCGGCAACACUACAGUUGUAA